ACCCACCGGUUUUGCUUUUAUAACCAAUUUAUAUGGCCCCCCUUAAAGCAUGUCCAAAAGUACCAAUGUAUCCAAAUCCUUUCACAAAAUUUUAGCUCAUUUCUUCCCAUUUAUGAUCUCUUACUCUGCUACUUUCAAUCAUCAAAGCAUGGUUUUACCAGAACAAGAACAUCUUGUCUAUAACAUCAGGCUCUCAUCCGUUGGCCCGGGCCGCGUAACUGGCUCAGAUGUGGUUCAUGACCUUAGCGGCCUUGACAUAGCCAUGAAACUUCAUUACCUCAAAGGGGUUUACUUCUUUACCGACCAGGCAGUGGAAGGGCUAACCAUCAGGCAAAUGAAGGAAACCAUGUUCUACUGGCUCAACGACUAUUACAUCACUUGUGGGCGGAUCAGGAGAACUGAGUCAGGCCGGCCCUAUAUUAAGUGCAACGAUUGUGGGAUAAGGUUUGUCGAAGGAGUUUGCGAUAAGACAAUCGAUGAAUGGCUAGAGCUUGGAGAUGAUUCUCUUCACAACCUACUUGUUUACCAUCGUGCCAUUGGUCCAGAGUUAUCAUUUUCUCCUUCAGUCUACUUACAGGUUACUCGGUUCAAAUGUGGAGGAAUUUCACUGGGGAUGAGCUGGGCUCAUAUCCUUGGAGAUGCAUUUUCAGCCUCUGAGUUCAUCAACAAUUGGGGCCGAUACAUGGCUAGGCUUAAGUCCAAUGGGCCUCUCACCCUCCCUAAGUCACUUGAUAAUAAGAUUGAAAAACCUCAUGACCCUAACCAAUUUGUCAAAGAACCACUUUCUGCAAAGCAGGUCAACCCUGUUGGAGACCUGUGGAUAGCUGCCAAUAACUGCAAAAUGGAAACUUUUUCCUUCUACUUGAGCACACUACAUCUAUCGAGCUUACAAGAAAAGAUAUUAGGUGAAGAUGGACGCAAACGAAUUUCGCCUUUCAGCUCUGUUUGUGCUGUUAUUUGGCAAUGUAUAGCCAAAGUAAGAGAAGGAUUUGAACCACAAAUUGUGACAGUUUGUAGAAAAUAUCCCAACUAUGACAAUAAUGUUCUUAGCAACAGUCAAAUUAUAAGUGCAAUCAAGGCAGAUUUCUCUGUAAUGGAAGCAGAUUUGAAGAAGUUAGCAUUGUUGAUGGCUGAUGAUCAGGGCCUGGAUGAAAGAAACAAGAUUGAAGCAGCUGUGGAGAAAGAUGAUGGGGUGACAGAUUACAUUAUGUAUGGGACAAAUUUAACAUUUGUGAACCUGGAAGAUGCCAAUUUAUAUGAAUUGGAAUUAAAAGGACAAAAACCAAAGUUUGCAUAUUAUUCAAUCCAAGGUGUUGGUGAUGAAGGAGCAGUUUUAUUUCUUCCAGGGCCCCCAAAAGGUUCUAACACUGAGAAUGAAGGCAAACUGGUCACCAUAACUUUGCCAGAGGAUCAAGUAUUGAAGCUCAAGACUGAGUUACAAAGGACUGGUUUACUUCCAACUGAACUUGAAUGAGUGCAGAAAUUUGUACAUUUUCUGCAAUUAUUAACACUUUAGCAUGUGUUAGUUAUACAUUUUCUGCAAGUAUUAGCACUUUGUUUUGUGUAUUUGUGUGCGUGCCAGUUUUUUUUUUUUUUAAUUAGC